UGAUCCACAGACUGAACUACAGAACUGAACUACAGGACUGAACUACAGGACUGAACUACAGCAGAAACAUGGGAUUAAUGACCCACUUCCUGCUGAUGAUCCUCCUCAUUCAAGGUUGGAGAGUGCAGCGGACUGUGGGAUUCAAUGUAGGAAUAUCAGGAGCCAAAGUGUUCUCCGGAGCCGCAGCCGAGGAGUUCGGAUACACGGUGCAGCAGUUCUCCAAUCACCAGGGAAAAUGGUUACUGGUGGGAUCUCCGUGGGCUGGAUAUCCUCAGAACAGGAAAGGAGAUGUUUAUAAAUGUCUCCUCACGAGUCCGGCGUCCACCUGCGAGAGACUCAACCUACAGAAUUCUGUGAACAUCCCAUCUGUGCAGAACAUCAACACCAACAUGAGUCUGGGUCAGACACUUAUUACACGAGUAACCAAGAACAACAACCUGAUGACGUGUGGUCCUCUCUGGACUCAGAGUUGUGGUUCUCAGUAUUUUGUUCCCGGUGUUUGUGCUGAAGUCAGUCCUCUGUUCGCCCCCCAGCCUGCGAUCUCCCCGGCUCUACAGACUUGCGGCGGCCCGAUGGACAUUGCGUUUGUACUGGAUGGGUCCAACAGUAUUUAUCCAUGGGAACCUGUUGUGGCCUUCCUAAAGAAGGUCCUGGAGAAUCUUGAUAUUGGGCCACAGCAAGCUCAGGUCAGCGUGGUCCAGUAUGGUUCUGAUCCCAGGUUUGAGUUCAAUUUGAAUACCUAUAAAAACAAACAGGACAUGGUUGCAGCAGCUUCAAAGAUCACCCAGAAAGGUGGACUGGAGACAAAUACGUUCGGAGCGAUCAGCUACGCCAGGAAAAAUGCUUUUUUAACUUCGAAUGGAGGGCGUCUCGGUGCCAGUAAAGUGAUGGUGGUGGUUACCGACGGAGAGUCACAUGAUAACUCCCUGACAGAUACAGUCAUCGGCGAAUGCAACAAAGACGGGAUCACUCGUUUCAGUAUAGCUGUGCUUGGUUAUUACACAAGGAAUAAUAUCGACACCACAAAACUCAUCGCUGAGAUCAAGUCGAUAGCCAGCAUUCCAACAGAGAAGUACUAUUUUAACGUGUCAGAUGAGGUCGCUCUCUCAGGAAUUGCUGGAACCCUUGGAGAUCGGAUCUUCAAUAUUGAAGGAACUGGUAAAGGGGGUGAAUUCCAGAUGGAGAUGUCCCAAGUUGGGUUCAGUGCACACCAGACCAAAAAUGAGGAUGUGAUGAUGCUGGGAGCUGUUGGAGCUUAUGGAUGGAUCGGAACGGUGGUUCAUAAAACUGCUCAGAAAUCAGAAAUCUUCCCCAAACAAGCUUUCGAGGAAAUUCUGCAGGACAAAAACCACAGCUCUCUACUGGGAUACUCAGUGAGCACACUCGUGGACAGUUCUGCUGAGUACUUCGUAGCUGGUGCUCCUCGAUCCAAUCACACCGGCCAGGUAGUCGUGUACAUCCUGAACAGCCAGAGACAGCCCAGGAUCAUCGACUCGCAGAGGGGAGAUCAGAUCGGUUCGUACUUCGGCAGUGUUCUCUGUCCUCUGGAUGUGGAUCGUGAUGGUGUUACUGAUCUUCUGCUGGUUGGAGCCCCGAUGUACAUGAGCGAUCAGAAGAAAGAAACUGGCAAAGUCUACGUCUUCUCCAUUACGAAGGGUAUUUUGAUCAGCCAGGAUUCUCUGGAAGGUUCCUCUCCGUUGGAGAACUCCCGCUUUGGGAUGGCCAUUGCUGCGGUUCCUGAUCUUAAUCUGGACGGUUUUGCUGAUGUGGUCAUUGGAGCUCCACUGGAGGACAACAACCGGGGAGCCAUUUACAUCUAUAAUGGAGAUAAAAAAAGCAUCAGGAAACAGAGCUCACAGAAAAUUCUGGGAUCAAAACUGGACGCAACCUUGAAGUUCUUUGGCCGUUCUUUAGACGGCAGUGGAGAUCUGAACGGUGACUCACUCCCAGAUGUCUCGGUGGGGGGUUAUGGGAAUGUGCUGCAGCUUUGGUCUAGAGGAGUAGCAGUCGUGUCGGCCUCGGUAACGUUCACCCCAGACAGGAUCAACAUCCUGAGCAAGUCCUGUAACUUCGGGGGAAGGAUGGUGUCCUGUUUCAGUGCUAAAGUCUGCUUCAGCGCAGCCUUCAGACCAGUAAAACCAGUGGGACCUGCAGCGAUUAAAUAUAACCUGACGCUGGACGCUGACCUGCAGUCGUUUCGAGUGAGUUCUCGAGGUCAGUUCAGCACCUCGGAUCGAGCCAUUCAGAAGGAUGUGAGUGUUUCCACAGCGGAGACGUGUGAGGUGUAUCAGGUCUACGUUCAGGAAGCUCCUGACCUCGUCAGCCCCAUCGCUCUCCGCGUGGACAUCAAACAGAGCAACCCAGACGCCAGUCCUGUUCUAGACGCCUUUAGCACCGCGGCCUGGCAGUUCUUCAUCCCGUUUUCGAAGGAAUGUGGUCCAGAUGAGCAGUGUUACAGUGACUUAAUGCUAAACGUAGAGAGAGAGCAGCACACCAGCUCCUCCCCUUUACUGGUGACCAACGACAACAGAAAGAUCUCCUUCAUAGUGACGGUGAUGAACCGAAGGGAGAACGCCUACAACACCAGGAUCACCGCUCGUUACUCCAGCAACCUGUUCUACUCCUCUGUAACUCCACCUAGUGACGGCACAGAGGUUAAAUGCACUUCUGCCAAAGACACAGAGAUAGUCACAUGUCAAGUGGGCUAUCCUUUCAUUAAAACUGACCAAUCGGUUACUUUUUUGAUCCAUUUUGAUUUUAAUCUGGGUCAGCUCCAGAAGGAGGUGAAGGUGGAUUUUGAGGCUCAGAGUGACAGUACAGAGGAAACUCUGGAAGAUAAUAAAGAGACAGUGAGCGUCCCGGUGAAAUACAGCUCAGAGAUCAUCCUCAGCAGAGAGGCUAAUAUGAAUGUGUAUUUGCUGGAGAAAGAGGAGGGUAUCACCACCAGCAUGAAGAAAUACAGCGACAUCGGCCCAGAAUUCAGGUUCAGUCUGAAGGUGUCUGGAGGUGUUUUUCCAGUCAGUCUGGUCCACCUGAAUGUUCAACUGCCCAUCAGCACAAAAGCUGGGAACCCUCUGAUCUACAUUACCUCAGUCUCCACUGCACCUUCUGCUAAUGUUCAGUGUGAGAGCAGCACUCUGACUGACCCUUUAAAGAUUAAAGAGAAAGAACAUACUGCCAAGUUCACUGCAGAGAGCUUCAGAGGAACUAAUGAGCUGAACUGUAAGACUGCCAGCUGUAAGAAGAUGACCUGUGUGCUGAAGGACGUGAGCCCCAAGACUGACUACUACGUGAACGUGACCGCGUGGAUCUGGAACGGCACGUUUGCGAUGGCUGAUUUCCUGUCAGUUGCACUGGAAGUAAAUGCUCAGAUUGACACAUCUCAGGCUGAUCUACUCGUUAUCACACACAAACAAGUACAGGUUGCUGUUACUGUAAGCAAGCCCGGAGCCAAAGCAGACGUUCCCAUUGGUGUGAUUGUGGGCAGCGUCAUUGGAGGCCUUCUCUUAUUGGCUCUUGCAGUUGUAGCUCUCUGGAAGCUGGGCUUCUUUAAGAGGAAAUAUCAGCAGCUGCAGAAGACUGAUGCAGAUGCUACAGAAACGGAAGGUCUGCAUGACCCCGCAGAACAACCCUGAGAUCAACUCUGAUACUGGAGCCAUUAAUAGAGACUGCAGAACCGCAACGCCUGAGAUAAAGAUCCAAAACCCUGAGAUACACAUCAAACCCAGCAGCAACGAUCAGACCAACCCUCACCAAAUUACCAGCGAUACAGUCCUGAAGAGCUUCAUCAGCAGCAAAAAAACAAGACUUAAGAACUUGAACAGGUCUAGCAAGACAGUCCUGAAGAUCCAACCAAAAGUCGACCUUCCUAAACAGCUCCACAAUUAGCAGUACAUUUCUAAAAAACAUUGCAUAUAGUAGGAUAACCCUAACAAGCUUCUUAGGACAGCAGGUCAGCCCUAAAGAGCUUCUCCAAUAGCAGGACAGUCCUGAAAAUCUUUACCAGCAGCAGGACAGUCCUGAAGAGCUUCUCCAAACAUAGAACAGUCCUAAAGAGCUUCAUAGUUAGCAGGGCAGUCUAUAACAGUCAGUAGAACAGUCUUAAAUAGCCUGAGCAGCAGCAGGACAGUCCCGAAGAGCUUCAUAAACAGCAGGGAAAGUCCUAAAGAGCAAUAAUAGAGCAAGAGCAGGAGGGCCCUAGAGAGCUUCAGGAGCAUUAGGACAGUUCUUAAUAGUUUUGCAUAUAGUAGGACAGGCCUAACAAGCUUCUUAGGACAGCAGGACAGUCCUUAAGAAUCUUUUCAUGCAGCAGGACAGUCCUGAAGAUCAAUAACAGCUACAAGUGGACCUAUCCUUAAGGACUGUCCUUAAAGGGCUUUACUAGCAGGAGCAGGACAGCCCUAAAGAGCUCCACCAGCAGCAGGACAGUCCUAAAGAGCUUCACCAGCAGCAGGACAGUCCUAAAGAGCUUCACCAGCAGCAGGACAGUCCUAAGGAGCUUCACAAGCAGCAAGACAGUCCUUAAGAGUUUCACCAGCAGCAGGACAGUCCUAAAGAGCUUCACAAGCAGCAAGACAGUCCUAAAGAGCUUCACCAGCAGCAGGACAGUCCUAAAGAGCUUCACUAGAAGCAGGACAGUCCUAAAGAUCAACACCAGCUACAUGUGGAGCAUCCUAAAGAGCCUCCCACAGUGCAAUAAUGUCCUAAAUAGCUUCACAGGACAGUCCUGAAAAGAUUUGCAUAUAGUAGGAAAGCCCUAGAUGGCUUUACUAGCAGCAGGACAGUCCUAAUUAGCGCCACCGGCAGCAGGACUGUCCUAAAGAGCUUUACCAGCAGCAGGACAAUCCUAAAGAUCAACACCAGCUACAAGUCGACCAUCCUAAAGAGCUUCCUACAGUAUAGUACAGUCCUAAAAAGCUUCACCAGCAACAGGACAGUAUAUAAGAGCUUCACCAGCAGCAGGACAGUCUAUAAAAGCUUCACUAGCAACAGGACAGUCCUGUAAAGCUUCAGGAACAUGGUGUGAGGUUGCAAGUGUUCUGUAAAUUGGUUCCAGUGGAGAUAAACCACAUUCUUCAUGUCACAAGGAGCAAACAAAGGAACUGUUGUUGUAUCUGCUGUGGAAAAUCUGCUGUAAUUCACUGUUCAUUCACACCAGCUUCACUCAGUCUCAACACUGGAGGAUCUUUCAAUGGAUUUCAAUGGGAAUUUAAUUUACUGAAUAUAUAUGAAAUGUAGCAGAACAGCCUGAGAAAUGGAGAGCUGAACAUUCCUGCUCCCAUUUCUUAUUUUAAAAAAUAUUGUAAAUAUUGUUUAAAUGAACACAGAUAUGAAACGAACUAUCUAGUAAUUAGGGAUGCACCAAAAAUAGCAAAAAAGGCAUUUAUAGCAUUUAAGAGUGAAAAGGGUGAAUAACUACUAUAGUAAACAGUGACAUUUUAUCUGAAAAAAAUACGUUUAGGCUAUUUAUUUUAUGCAAUGGUAAAAAAAAAAAAACACUUGCAAAAUGUGCCAUUUUUUAGUUCACAUUAUGAAAUUUCAAAACAUUUUAAAAAAAUCUACAAAAUUACACAAAAUCAAUUUUUUAUUAAUGUAAAUAAAUAUUAUUAUGUAAAUGUAGAUGUAGAUAUAAGUUAUCACUGUAGGCCAGUUGGGCAAACAUACAGUUAAAUACAGUAAAAUAGGAACAUAGUAAAAUAAUAAAUAAUUCAUUCAUUGAUUCUAUUUUUUUAAUGUGGGACUAAACCAGGGCUGGACUCAACACACCUGAUUCAGCUCAUCUGUGCAGUAGCUCUAUUUGAGCAGGUGUGUAUUGGACUGAGCUGCCCUCCUAUCUCAGGAAAACUGCAUAUUAUCUUGGACUUUUUAAAAAAUACUACUGAUCAAAUGGAACUGGUUCAAUAUGCAACAAACAAACGCAAUACUCAGAACAUCCAGACUAAGGGCCCUAUUUCAGCUUUAUCUAUAUAGCUUGAUUUAGGGAGUGUCAGUGUGUCUUUGCUAUCGUAACAACGGGAAAAGUACACCUUGCGAAAGGCAUGUACUCAUUCUCUUAAUUAAUGAUGGGUGUGUUUAAUUUGGGGCAUAACGUGAAAUAAACCAAUCAGAGUGUCUCUUGCUCAUCAUUCCCUUUAAGAACCAGGUGAGCUCUGACUUUGGCAGAUAGCUAUUUUAACAGUUCAGUGCUUCUGUGCUUCUCAGCAGAGGAAACUGAGCUGCUGGAUGACGCUGUGAAGGAGCUCCAGCAGCUCAUUUACGGGAACAGCAAUUUAUUUUAUUUAGUAUUCUGUUUAUUGUAGAUGUAAAAGUUGGGUUUGUGUAAGAUGGCAAUGAACGUCAGCAUAUAGCAAAUAACAAUACUCCAGAAAUGUAGCUGAACACACCUCAUUUCCAGAUCUCCACGCCCAUCAGUGUGGAUAUAUUCAGAAGCUCUGUUUCUAUUUAAACCAGUCAGGUGGUGGAAUGGAUGAAAAUAGACUGUUAGCAGGGUGUAAGAUAGCAAUGAGCAUCACUACGUAUCUUGCGCAGGGUGUGAAAUAGGGCCCUAGGACUGCAUUUUGCCUUUUGUUAAAUUUGCUUGAUAUUUAACAUGCUUAGAAUUUGCAAUUUUUGCCUAUUUGUUAAAGCAAAAUUUAUGUUUUAUGUACAUUUUGUUAUUUUUUAAAGGGUACAGUCCUGUUAUACAGUUAUGAGCACAUAUUAGUCCAUGUUGUUUAUUAUCUACAUACACAUUUAUUAUGUAGUAACAGACAAUGGACACUUCUCAUAGUAUUUUUUAAUAUGUUGUGCAUUGCAGGUUAAGAUUAAAGAAUCAAGACUUUUUUUGGGUCCUACUUUAAAAUAAAGCUCAUUUAUAAAUGAGUUUAUUAAUGGCUAUUAAUUAGGUUGUAAAUACUUAAAAUAAUAAUAAUAAUAAUAAUAAUAAUAAUAAUAAUAAGCAGUAACAGCACUGUCCAAAUAGUGAUCCUACAUUUAUUUAUACUGUUAUACCUCUCCUUUAUCAGACAGCUUUAUCAUACCUAUUUAAAAGAUGUAAAAAAAAAAAGUAAGUUUUAGGAAUUGAAUAUGUUAAUAUACACCAUAUUAUAAUUACUGGAUGAGUAAUUAGAAUGUUAUUCAUACAGGGUUCAUGCAUUUUUAACCAAUUCAUUUCCAUGCCUUUGCAAUCUUUAAAAAAUGAACAAUAAACAGACAUGAACAAUAAAACCAAAAAUCAACUAAAACUAUAAUCAAAGCUGAUCAUAGUGGGCCUAAAAUUUAUAUGAUAAAAAAAUAAACAUUUCUUUAAGCUAUAUGUCAACAUACAAUCGUUUUAAUAAUAAAAUGUGUGUUAAAUUCUGGGAGCUCAAUUGUUUAUGGCUAAAUUACUGAAUAAACUCUAAGCUGAUGUUUUUUUCAAAAUAGUGUUUUUCUUAUCGAUAAAUGAAAAACUUUUAACUUUUUUACUUUUCCAAAACUUAUCCAGGUCUUGAAAUUGCUUUUUUUCAAAUUCCAUGGCUUUUCCAGGUUUUCCAUGACCAUACAAACCCUGUUAAUAUAUAUUUAAAUGCUGAUUAAUUGAAAUAUGAGGUUUGAUAGUAUAAAUAUAUGUGGAAUCACUAUUUGGCAAUUGGCAAGUGUAAACGUGUUAUAAAAAUAUUUACAACUCAAUUGCUGACCAUUAAUAAACUCCUUUAUAAAUUUAUAUUUAUAACACAUUUAUAAAAGAGUUUUAUUUUAAAGUGGUAUCGUUUAUUGUCAUAACAUCUGUAGAAAAUAAAAAUAAAAACUAAAACUAAAAAAGGAAUAUUCAUUAACUGGUACUGCAUGUUCCUAAAUCUUCCUCUUUCUUUAAAUGUUUGUUAUUCAGCACUUUACCA